CUCGGGAGAGGGACGCCACAGACGCACGAGUUGCGGUCUACAGCAGAAGUGUCCAGUCUGCAGAGUAUUUGGUGUUGGAGAAGCAGAGGAAACUUCAAUCUCACAGCUGAAGCACUAAACUGAGAACUGAGUUCUGUCAUCAGUUGAGGAGGACUGAAGGAAACGCUGUGCAUGAAGGGGCGAAGACAGUGAUGUCAUGGCCAGCAGCAUCCAAUCGGACAAACAGGAAGUCCAGCACAAUGUGGAAGCAGGUGCAGGUGUUGAGAGUCAGACAUCUGCAGCAUCUCCAGCUAAAGCCACAGAUCAAGUACUUAACGCUCGGAGUGAUCUCAUCAAUGGGAUUGGAGAUGCUGCUCUCAAAGCUCUGCUGGAUGGCCUUCAGACACCCACCUCUGUCAUGGGCCCCGUGAUUACAGACAGAGAGAGGAAUGAGGUUCUGCAGAAGCACAGUGUGACUGAGGACCAGGUGACCUGCCUGGUUGACAUGGUGCGGAAGAAGGGUGAACGGGCCUGUGAGAGAUUUCUCUCCCUCCUUAAAGAAGUGGAGCCUGAUGUCUAUGACCAACACCAAAUGAUCCUCAAUCUUAAGGAGUGGAUCUGCUCGCAGUAUAUGACAGUACAGGAGUAUAACUCCCUACCUGGACAGGACGUGCUGUUGACUGACCGCUACACUGACCUGCUGAUAGUCCAGCAACACAGAAAGCAGGAAGAGAAAGAGGAGGAGAUUCGUUUCAGAGGAGCGAGUCUCUUCAGUGCCAGGGAGGCAUAUCACAGCACCACUGUGGACCAGUUCUUCAUCCCUAAUGACCGUGGAAACAUUCCUAAAGCAGUCAUUCUUCAGGGCCACUCUGGACAUGGCAAAUCCUUUAUGGCACAGAAGAUCAUGUUGGACUGGGCAUUAGGCAACCUCUUCCAGGAUCGAUUUGAACUUAUUUUACACCUGAGAUGUAAAGAACUGAACCAGGUGUCUAGAGAGAGGAACAACAGUUCUGUGGUGGAUCUAGUGAGCUGCGAUAAGACAUUCACCCCACUGAUCUCACAGAAAUUCAAGGACUCACCACAGAAGGUGCUCUUCCUCAUAGAUGGAUUUGAUGAACUGCGAUUCACAUUGAGUGAAAUCAGUGACUCAUCUGUCAAAGACCCUUUCACACCAGCUCCUGUUGAGGCCAUUCUGAGGGCUCUGUUGAAGGGGUCAAUCCUUCGUGAUUGCUUCCUGCUAGUCACCACCAGGCCCACUGCUGCAGACACUCUGAGCAAACUGCUCAAACACCCUCUGCGUUUCACAGAGACUCUGGGUUUCUCUGAGAAGGGGGUGCAGGAGUACUUCCAGAGGUUCUGUCAAGAUCAGCAGGUAGCAGAAAAGUCAUUGAAGAGUGUGAGGGCAACUGGAACACUCUUCUCUUCCUGUUCCAUUCCAGUCAUAUGCUGGAUUGUCUGCACAGUUUUCCGGGAGCAGCUAAAAGAAAAUGCUGAAAUGGCUGAACUGGAAACAACCACCUCCAUAUUUGUCCACUUUGUGUCCACUCUGCUGGAGCAUCACUGCCAGGGUUUGAGUCAACCCGUCCCUACUCUGCUGAGGACCCUGGGCCAGCUGGCAGAGAGAGGGAUGCUGGAGCAGCAGGUCCUGUUUGAGAAGGAAAGUGUGUUGAGUACCGUCUCAGAUCUAGCCAGUGUUCCCUUCCUGUGCAAGUUCCUCCUGAAGAAGAAAGUCUGCCUGGAGGAAAUGUUCAGUUUCAUGCAUCUCAGCUUUCAGGAGUUCUUUACUGCACUCUACUACACCUCAGACCAGAAUGAGGAGAAAGUCAAAGAGCUCCUUGGUUCUGUCAAGGAAUAUGACGACAAGUCCUAUGUCCUACCUGUCAUUCAGUUUCUUUGUGGUCUCUCAAAUAAGGAGGUGAUACAAGACCUGAAGAAACUUAAGCUGCCUUCCACUCCUUCCAUUCGAGGACAGUUGGAAAAGUGGAUUCUUGAACUCAUUAAAAAAAAUAGACAUUCAAAGAAAAGUAAUGAGUUGCUGUUCAUUCUUCACUGUCUAUAUGAGUUCCAUGAGGAGGAGUUUUUGAGGAGAGCCAUGGAGGUUUGGGGUAAGAUAGCCUUUAACUCUAUUCCCCUGAAGAGGACAGACUGCUCAGUGCUGCUGUACUGCCUGCAACGCUGCCCGACCAUCAGAAGCCUGGAGCUCAAAGAGUGCAACAUCACAGCAGAGAAGCUGAGGAUGCUGCAACCUGCACUGAGCAGGUGUGAGGAGCUGGGUUUAGAUGUUGAGAAGCUGUCCGAUGCUGAUGUGAAUGAUCUGGUCUCAGCUCUGGGGGAAAGAAAGAUCCUGAGUGAACUAUGUGUGUCUAACAGCAGUCUGUCAGAGGAGAGUGUGCAGCAGGUCCUCAACGCCCUCUACAGGCAGAAGUCUGUGGGUGAAGUUGUGCUCUCAGUGAAGACCAUCAGCAUCACCACUGCUGAGAGGCUCCUGCAGCUCUACAAGACCACACAGAACACAGGGCUUGUGGGGGUGCGCCUACUGGAGGGGGCUGAUACAGCUGACAGUCUCUGUUCUGUUCUCAUGAUGAAAAGAGAGGAGGAAUGUUUCUGUCUGGUGAUUGUCCACUCUGGAGAUUCCUCUCCUGAAUCUGAAUCCUCUGGACUGAGUCUAGCUCUGCAGUUCCCCUCACAGCUCUCUGACAUCAUACUGAGGGAGAUCCUCCACAGGUUCCAUCAGCUGAGACGUUUCACAGACAAGAGUCUAGAGCAUAAUGAGUGUGUGGAUGCUCUGUUGUCCUGGCUGCCCUCUUUGCCUGAUCUGAAGGGGGUGAUUCUGGAGGUGAGCUGCCUGACUGAGAUCUGGGCCACCAGGAUCCUCCAACUCGUCCACACCUGCCCCAGUCUAGAGGAAGUACAGUUUGAAGCCACUGUCUAUAGUGAGAGUUUUAAGAGGGAAGUAGGUUUGUUGCUGGAGGAGGGGAUCCGCUUACUGCAGGAGGCUCAGAGGCGCCCAGACUGCACCAUCACACUUGAAGGGAAGCGCUGCUGUAAAGCCACUGAUAAGUGCACUGAGUUUAAGGACAGAAAGCUCCGCUGUAAUAAACUCCGGGAGAUUACAAUGGAUGAAAAAGAGGAGAGGAAGGAGCAGAAGAAGAAGAAAUGUGUUUUAAUGUGAUCUGUCACUGAGAGUGUUGGAUUCAGAACUUUAGAUGUGUAUGUCCCAGCACUGAGUGUAUGUUUAUAUUCAUAAGAAGUUUAUGUCCUGGUGUUUCUAUUGUGUGUUCUUAUGAUUUUAUUCUCAUCUGAGGUAUCCAAAUGACCAUCAGCACCAACACCAAUCAGCAGCAAUCAGCCCUGACAGGACAUGUUUCUCAUCGGAUUAAAUGUUUUAGUAUAACUUACAUAUACUGUAUGCAAUGGAAUCUGGUUACUAUCCUUUGAUUUAGGAAUGCUAAUGUAAGCCCUGAGUCAUCUGAAACUCCCUCUGUAGGAAUCCCAAACAACACAAACAUGACUUAGGUUCAGAGGCUUCGGAGGCAUUCUUAUCUCUGUUAAAUACUAGCUGGUUAAUUGAUGGUGAUUUGAAAGGUGAUUUUCCAUGGGUGUGUGUUAAGGGU